GUCAGGCGCAUUCAUUUGAGGCACGCAACACAGAUCUCGCGCUGUCCGCACUCGUGAAACAAACAAACACAAACCAAAACACCCGGCUUUUCUGGGAAGACACGGCUCGCCUUCACUUUUUUUGGGGACAGAAUCACCAUGGAUGCCUUGAGAGCAGUCGCCUUUUACACGCUCUUCAUUUUCCUUUGGAGUUUACCGUUUUGCCAGUCAGCUGCGCUUAUAUCUCAGAAAAGGAGCACGGGUGCCAGGAGCGCGCAUGAUGGACAAAGGUCACACAACUUUCUUAAAGAGAUUUUCGCAUCCUCUCCGGGAGCGGGUCGUGUGGAUGAUUUAAAGGACCCGGUUGUGCCUCACGAUUACAUGAUCUCUAUAUACAGGACUUACUCCGCAGCUGAAAAACUGGGGCUCAAUGCAAGUUUUUUUCGCUCUUCAAAGUCUGCAAACACCAUAACGAGUUUUGUUGACAGGGGAAAAGACAAUCUCACGCUCUCUCCUUUGCGAAGACAAAAGUAUCUGUUUGAUGUCUCAACUCUCUCAGACAAAGAGGAGCUGGUCGGUGCUGAAUUAAGGAUAUAUCGUAAAGCGCCCGGGGAUGUCCAACCGUCCCCAUCAGGCGACUACACUCUUCAUCUACUCUCGUGUCGAUCAGAGAGGCCACUGGCUUCCAGAUCCCUUGAUCUUCAGGAUUCCCGGAAAGCAGAAUGGGAGGUUCUGGACGUUUGGAGAAUUUUUAAAAACAGACACCAAGGGAAUCAGCUUUGUCUGCAGCUCAAGGUUACGCAUAGCAAAUCUGACACCGAAAUCGACCUAAAUCAACUGGGUUUCCACCGGCACGGCCGAACGCAGCAAGAAAAGGCCAUAUUGGUGGUCUACACGCGGUCUAGGAAAAGAGAAAACUUGUUUAAUGAGAUGAAAGAGAAGAUCAAGUCUCACAGAGAAGACGACAAGGAUGAGGAGAGCGCACUGCAGUUUAAAGCGCGGCGCAGACGGAGAACUGCGCUCAAUAAUCGCCAUGGGAAACGGCAUGGCAAAAAGUCCAAAUCGAGAUGCAGCAAAAAGGCACUGCAUGUCAAUUUCAAAGAGCUGGGAUGGGACGACUGGAUCAUCGCUCCGCUCGAUUACGAAGCAUACCACUGCGAGGGCGUGUGCGACUUCCCACUGAGGUCGCACUUGGAGCCGACCAACCACGCCAUCAUUCAGACGCUCAUGAACUCCAUGGACCCCAACAGCACGCCGCCGAGCUGUUGCGUGCCCACAAAACUCAGCCCUAUUAGUAUACUAUACAUAGACUCCGGCAACAACGUCGUGUACAAACAGUACGAGGACAUGGUGGUAGAACAGUGUGGCUGUAGGUAGCGAAUCACACACGAGGGUUUGGCACCAAGGCAUAAAACACUUGAACGAUGCUCAAAGACGCGCUUGAGCCGCCCAUACUGCGCAUUCUCACUUAUGCAAAAGGGAUUCUUCAGUAGAGACAUUUUUGACGAUUAAAAAAAAGAUUUCCACAGGCCACUGUUCACGGUUGUGCCAUGAGCUUGUGUACAGUUUCUCUAGACUUGGAACAAAAUCUUGCAUUAGAAGGUUCGUUUUUCUUUACGCAUGCUGGGUUUCUUUUUGUAAUUACGUGUUCAAAAAAACCUAAGUAUCUCUUUAACGUGUGUCUCUCGGACGAGACAGGCAGAAGAAACGCCAGAUUUAGUGCGUGACCGUCUGGACAGGAUUCACUGAGGAUUGUGUUACACUAUUAUCUCCGUGCACUCAGAAGAAUGUGGAGACGGGCACCUGUUCAAACUCAUCUGCUAGUUAUAUGGAUAAUAUACUGUAUGGUAUAUGGAUAAUGAAUGAGCA